CGUCGCAUUUGUCCAACUCGGUUUGAUUAUUUCCUCGCUACGUACACCAAAGCACCAAACCACGAGUGAGGUAGCUAGCUAGCUAGGUGGCGGAGAUGAUAGGGUGGGGGGACGUGUACAAGGUGGUGUCCGCCAUGGCGCCGCUCUACUUCGCCCUGGGCCUCGGCUACGCCUCCGUGCGGUGGUGGAAGUUCUUCACCCGCGACCAGUGCGACGCCGUGAACCGCCUCGUCAUCUACUUCGCGCUCCCCUUCUUCGCCUUCGACUUCAACGCCCACGCCGGCACGUUCGCCGCCAGCUACCGCGUCCUGGCCGCCGACGCCGUCGCCAAGCUCGUCGUGGUGCUCGCGGUCGCCGGGUGGGUCGCGUCCUGCCGCUGGAGGCACUGGAGCUGCGCCCCCAAGGCGCCAGCCGCGAGGCCGGCGCGGCCGGGUGGCGGCCGCGGCCCCUCCUACUCGUGGUGCAUCACCGGCUACUCGCUGGGCACGCUCAACAACGGGCUCCUCGUGGGCGUGCCGCUGCUGGACGCCAUGUACGGCAAGUGGGCGCGCGACAUCGUCGUGCAGCUGUCGGUGGUGCAGGCCGUCGUGUGGCUCCCGCUGCUGCUGGUGGUGUUCGAGGCGAGGCAGGCCUGGCUGGAGGUGACGUCGGCGCCGGCACCCGACGGCGCGCGAGAAGAAGGCGAUCAGGCAGUGCCUGGGAGCGACGACGUCGACCGGCCAGCGGCAGCCGGGGACGGCCGGAAGACGGCGGCGACGGGGUGGGCGUUCUGGGCGCGGCUGCUGCGGACGGUUGGGCUCAAGGUCGUCGGCAACCCGAACGUGUACGCGAGCCUCCUUGGCGUUCUGUGGUCCUCCGUGGCAAACAGGUGGCACCUGGAAAUGCCAGGCAUCAUAGACGGCUCCAUUUCGAUCAUGUCAAGGACCGGCCUUGGAAUCGGAAUGUUUAACAUGGGCUUGUUCAUCGGUCUGCAGGACAAGCUCGUCGUGUGCGGGCCUGGAUUAACCUCGUUGGGCAUGGCGAUGAGGUUUGUCGCUGCGCCAGCCGCCACCAUGAUUGGAGCGCUACUUUUGGGACUACGUGGCGACCUUCUGCGUGUUGCCAUCUUACAGGCUGCACUGCCUCAGUCCAUCGGGACAUUUAUCUUUGCGCGAGAGUAUGACCUGCAUGCCAAUAUACUCAGUACCGCGGUGAUAGUCGGCACGUUGGCUUCGCUGCCUGUUUUAGCCACAUAUUAUGUUGUUUUAGGGCUCAUGUGAUUAUGUUAUAUGUUCCUCUUCUAGUUUAUCUUGGGGGUUUGUUAUAUAUGUAUGUGUGCCUACAAGAUGUAGCAAAUUUUUUAUGUUUACGUCAACAAGAAUUGCAUGUGCUUUGGCCGUUCUUCUCUUUAGGAAAUGCCAUCAUGGCUAAUUGUAUUAAUAUCAAAUAAUAAUAGUUAUCGCGAGUAUCCUCUA